AUGCUCAAGUUAGAAGGCAUGAAUACCUUUUGUUGUCUCUCCACACAGAACGUGUCUUCGUAUGCCAACCAAACAGGCCUUUCGCGUAGCAAAAUCUAUGUGUUUUUACCUUUAAGCUCUUCAACCAAACUUACGUUGCUGAUAUUUUCUGUUACUGUGGGUAUAUUAGCGUUUUUCGGAAAUGUUCUCAUACUUUGUUUUGUUAAGUCCAACCAAAGUACAGCGUCCUUCCUUAAGUCUUUAUCUUUCCGGAAAAAUUUUGAUGUCUACAUCUCCAGCCUUGCUAUAUCUGAUGCACUUUGCGCAUUUAUAGUUCUUCCACUUACUGGUUGUCAGUUAUUUGUGGAUGUUUUUGAACGAGGAUGGGGUUGCAAAAUCCUUCGCUACUUGGGUAUUUUCUUUCCUUCAAUUACCAUAAAUAAUCUGUUGAUUAUCAUCUUUGGAAAAUAUUUUUCAACACGUAAGAUACCUCGUACACUGAAACAUUCUACUGUUAAAAAAUUGCUUUACCUUAUCUGGCUCUCAACAUGUCUUUACGUAUUGCUCCCCGUUGCAACUUUUGAGGGGAUUAGAUAUGAUCUAAAUGACACACAUUACACUGUGGUAUGCAGGCCUAAUUAUCAGUAUGUGCCAUUUGGAGUAGUGAACCUGGCCUUUAUAGUUUUUCAAUACUUUUUGCCAAGUAUUGUGAUUUUUACUUUAACUAUAUGCUUGAUCUUGACUGUGCGGUCAAGAAUGAAAAGAGCUAUAGAUAUUCAAUGUGAUAAUGCCAUCAAAGCCAUGAAGAGGGCUGAAAACAGACGAUUAACCAUGAUAUUGGUUUCUAUUAUGCUUAUGUUUAUAUUUUUAUAUGCACUUUCUUUAGGUUACUUUAUUUUUAGAAUUUCGACGAGAUCACAAGGUCACACCAUUAGUUUUGAAAGUGAUUUUCUCAUCCGUUAUGUGGGUGCUCUGUUGGCGUUUUCCAACAGUCUUGUCAACGUGAUAAUAUAUCUUGUUCAAAUGAAGGACUUUGGGCGCUUUUUAAAAAGUAAGAUCACUUCGAAUUUUCGGCACAAAAAUUUGGUUGUCGAUUUCAAAGGAAUGUAAAUGCGAUUUAUUCCAAUUUUGGCAAAUCUAGAGUGAAAUUCAGAAGCAAAAUGUCUAAAGGCUUACAUCCAGCCCACAGGAUUCUUGUCCCAUCUUACACAUGUAAAAAGAGCAUUAGGUGCAAUUGAUACUGAAAACGUCGAUCGUCUUUUAGUUGUUACGGAAACCAGAAAACAGAUUGUUGCUUGCCACAAUUCAUAAUGAUACUGGUAACAGCUUUAUUAACAGUUUAGUAGCCUUGGCGCUCUACUCAUACUCAACUAUGCCAGCAGAUUUUUAUAAUGUCUUCUUUUAAGUGUAGCAGGUCUCGCUAAAUGCCUCAUUAGUAAAUAGCCAUGUCAGUGACGAGGAAGAGGAAACGAAAACCAAAAGAAGUUCGUAAGUUUCGGAUUUCACCGCGGCCCCAUUUUAUUUGACCAAAUUAUUACAUUGAAUUAUUGUAAACAUUGCUGGCAAACGUCACGGUGCUAUACAAACUAAGUGUUACUGUUAUUAUUAUUACUUUGAUGAAAAGAUAAACUUAUAUUUGUAAUUUUCAAAAAGAAAUGUUAAUUUACCACUUUAACUUAUUGUUGAGACAGUUAGUUGAGAUCAGAGUAAAGAGGAGUGAAGUAACUCAUUUCUUCUUAUUUGGCAUAGAAAACCCUUUUUCACUUUUUGCCAGAAAUGCUGAAACACAAAAUAAUUAUUUUCGCUCACAUUCAAGCCAGCGACUGUCCGUGUAUUGCUAAUCUAUGCGUGUAUUGAAUGUAAAGUAAAGUAAAAAAGGUCAAGUGUGUACUUGAGCCAAAGGGCUCAUCGUCCCAAAGCUUAUUCUUGUUCCCUAAAACAAAGGCAAUAGGAGUAUCACUUGUACCCCUUGGAUGAUGCUAUUCCAUCGUAAGGUUACCAAAGGAGCGGAAAAAUUCUCUUUGAAGUUAAACGAAAACUACUUAAAUAUUCCAUCUGUUUCUACGACGGAAAGAAUCUCCAAAUUAAAAAGACGGAUGCAAUAAACUCUAGGCCAUUAACGUAGGAAACUUAGGUGCGAAUUUACAGCUCUGAUAUAGAAAACAAUACCUAUCUUAAUUGCAGCAGCGCAGCUUAGGAAAUAAAAACGGAAAAGCAAUUAGAAGUUUCUGCUUAUCUAUGCAAGGUUGGUUUGGAAACUAUCGCAUGAAAAGAAAUUAAAGUUACGAGUAUAAACUCUGCUGCUAUCCACCAUGAAAACCAAUAUUUCCAGAAAGACCAUGAACACUUAUAUUUACCUUAAAAAAACCAUGUAAUAAAUGACAAAAGUGCCGACAAGCAGGUGCAUAGUAAAAGUGAAUAAUCAACAAAAUCCUUUCUAAAAGCCACUGUGGUUUUUAUACAUUUUAUUUAACUACAUUAUUUAACUACUAAAAAGAAAAACCCGAAUAACCGAAUAUUUCAAAUGUGAAAGUAUAUGAAUAUAUAUUGAAGAUGUUUACCCAAAAACCCACGAAAACCCUAAAUAUAAUAUUUUGUGAUAUAUAUCAACAAUUCACUUUUUCUGGUUAUAACUAAUUUGAAUAACAACAAUUUGAAUAGAACAACUCGUUCAUCAUUCUUUACCGCUCAACCGGCCGAGUAAAAGAACGAACAGAACACAGAACUAGGUCUAAACCGGUAAAAUAAAUUUAAAAUUUGUCCAAAACUAAAAUACAUAAUUUUCCCCCUAACACCUCCCAGCAUUUCAGCAGGCUUCCCAGACAAUAUGCUGUUACCCAUUUAUAUUCUCCUGAGUGCAAAGAGGGCACUGUGAGCAGAGUGUUUUGCCCAAGAACACAAAUAAUUGUCCCAGUCAGGUCUGGAGCUACUGUGGAAACUUGCUCCUUUAGUUCAAUACGGGCAGUUUCGUUUUGUAUCGUUACUAAUGCUGUUUAGUGAAGCUAUUUGUCGAAAUAGAACGAGGCCAAGAGCUAUUUCCUAAAAAGAGGGAAAAAGUAGCGGGCAUUUGCAUAACCGACUCUGAUUAUAACUUAAACGAAAUAUAUUUCCUUCACUUGCCACUGGUUGAGAAUCUUCACAUGACCUGCAGAUAACUGCCACAAGCAAUGGUGUGCUUUGGCGUAUAACAAUGUUUAGCUGCAAAUGAAACUCUUUCAAGCUUAGAUAUUUGUAUCCAGGCUCCUCUUUGAAAAAAAAAAUGGCCGAUAGCUUUCUUAAGUUGACUGGAGUGAUUUGGCAUGUUUAGUUGAAUUUAAUUUCCUCCAUGCAGUUCUGCUACUUGGCGCUGGUCAUUUCCUGCCUUGAAAUCAUCACAAAAGCAAACUUGGCGCUUAAAUGAUAAAACAAUUAUAUAUUUAUUGACCCCUUUCAUCGCUAAAUAUUUGUGAUUUGGAUUGCCUCCAAGAUGUAAUAUUUUGGGGGCGGGACGCCAUAAUUUAUGAGUCCUCGAAGAAAGCGGGUCUGUAAACAGCGUUUUACCUUGAAUAAUAUCGAUGAGUGCAUUGUUUUGUUCGAAUGAUAUUUUCUUUUUGGUUUUUCAGAAAUAACCGCCUCUCCAUAUGGAGACAAAAGUUAAGAACUAUUAAAAAUAAAAAAAAUUCCUUUUAACGUACAAUGUGUCCAUCUGUUUGUGUUGUCUGUAGGAUAAACCCAGUCUCGUAUUUUAGGACUAAUAACAUUUUCUCACCCGAGCUCACAGUGGAUGAGUUAUACUCUGAAAGAUAAUUUUACUUGAGUGUUAAUCUUCAGUUUUUGUUGGCUUUAUGAUUAAUGUUUUAGCAGUUUUAAAGUUCAAUAACAUUUUUUUAAAAUUAAACUAUGAACAAUCUUGACAAAAUCACCAGCCUUUAAAAUUUUUUUAGUCAUAUGAAGGACGACAUUCAAAUUUUCACGAAAAUCUAAAUUUCACGGAGAUUUAAAGUCGGUCAAUGAAUGCAAAAACUACAAUCAGACGGAAGCUUCCCACAAAAAUUGAAGAUCAAAAUAUUGCCAGUCUCAGUAAAAUCUUCCGUUUGUAAAUGUCACCUAUAAUCCUCAUUACGCACACACUUGAAUCUCAAUGGAGACAAUUCUUUAACGUUUAAACCCACUCUUCAAGUGCCUCAGAAAACGUUUUGUUUAUUUACCACAAAAUAGCUUAUUAAGUGAUGUUUCUGCUUCAAAUCCUUUAGCUAUAAGGAAACUUGGAGAUUCUGUGAAGACAGCACAUCAACAUUCUCAGGUUGUUAAAAUCCGUUAAAUAUAUACCUGCAGCAGAUAUAUAAGCAGCCAGAAGGGCAGAAAGUGUAAAGGCCAACAAAACGAACAGGUAUUUUAAUGUUUUAAUCUGUGUUAUGUCUUCAAAUGCUUGAUACUUAUGAAGUAUUCAGACUGAGCAAUUAUAAAAUAUCAGUAAACACGCAUAACCAUAUUCACUUACAAACACACUCGGAAUUAAAACUGUUAUUUAUUUUUAACACUAUUUCGAUAAAUUUAUUGUUUUUCUCUCGUAUUUAUUGCUGAAAUUAAAAAAAAUCAGGAUAAUUUGUUUUGGUUACUUCCCUUUGCAGUUUUAAACGGUUACUAGAUAGCCAGGGUCUCAAAUAAUUACAUCGUAUUAAAAAAAAGCUGAAUAAUGAAGUCAAAGUUUCACCCAUAAACCUCAUUUAAUAAAUUUUUUUAGUUCGGCUUCCCAAUAAAAUGGACGCCCAAGUCCAUAUGUCUUUUGUAAACGAACAACACAGAAUAACACAUCUGGAAACGCAUCUUCAGAAAAAUGUGGGACGUUUUACGCCCACAAUGUAGUUGAAUAAAACAGCUGUUUUUUCUUUUUCGUUAAUUCCUCCACACCCAAUAAAAGAACGAAACCAGGCAAAUUUUCUGUAUUAGUUUCACCACAUAAAAUUUUUGAAUGAUCGUAUUCCAACUCAAGAUCAGGAAAAUCGUCAUUUGCAUACACCACAUGUGAGAGGAUAGCCUUCCUUGCACGACGAUUACGUGGCUCACAUGUGAUUAAGAUCUCGCAUUUUCCAAAGAUUGAAAUUUUUUGUUUUGUCCUUUGCUAAUCGAAUAUGAUUCCCUGAAAUAGGAAAUUGAGAAACUUCAUCUGCAUAUCGCAGAUCGUGAUCAGCUUCUCCACAAACGGAGCCAAAAAUAUUUCAUGACAUACCUGAUUCAAACCAUAAUUUUUAGUACUUGUGAAGGUCUUUUUUUUAAGCCCCUUCCUUUUUCUGCUAAACUUUACGUCAUCUAAGCUAGGAAUCAUACUGUAAAAUACGAUUUUAAUUGAAGCUAAUCAACAAAUUUGUAAAUAAAUAGACAGAUAAAAAAAUUAUUUCAACCAAUUUAAACGCCGUAAAAGCGGGUAAGUUUUAAACGAAACUGUUGUACUGCGUCGGUGGGAAAGUAUAACGAGGUAAUUUCAUUUUAUCAACUGAGUUAAUAAUGUAAAUUUGCCACCAUAAAGAGUUUAAGUUUCGAGCGUUAGCCCUUCGUCGGAGCGAAUGGCCGUUAAAAUCGAGAUUUUCCGUCCUCUUUCAGCUAGCAUAACCGGGCCCAUAACUGAUUCUCUAACCGAGUAGGUGGAGUGCAGUUCAGAUAUAUCCAGUAUCCUUUCAUCCAGAAAAGAAGGUCCUAGAUCGUAUAAAUAUUAUACAAAUAUCAGGUAAGUAGUUUCAAGAAAUGAAUUUUCGGGCCUUUAUCAUUCUUGAUUCAUAUGUUUCACCUUUCCCUCCCCCAUAUCUAUGAAAACCUCCAUUGAAGUCUUUUAGUUAAACUCGUUUUUUACGAAGGGAACUGUUUUCCAAAGAAGAUGAACAGCUCUCAACAUUGUGAUUAAUUUUUCAAUUGCAUUUUUUUUCAGCAGAGAUUUGUUUUUUCAUUUCUCCUCAAGUAUGUCCCUGAUAGAUGAAGUACUGGUCUAUUAAUUAUCUAAUUAAUGACCUUACCACACUCAAUAUCAUUUUUAUUUUUCUAAAGCUAUUUUAUUGGAGUAAUAACAAGAGGUUUUCUCAGUGUAAAAUUCACUUUUCCCAUUUACAGGUUGUGUAGAUUCCACUGAUAGAUGUUCAAAUUGGAUGGGAUGAAUGCCUCUUGCUGUCUCUCAACACAUAACGUGUCUUUGCAUGCCAACCAAACAGGCCUUUCGAGUAGUAAAAUCUAUGUGUUUUUACCUUUGAGCUCUUCAACCAAACUAACAUUGUUGGUGUUUUCUGUAAUUAUGGGUAUAUUAGCGUUUUUCGGAAAUGUUCUCAUACUUUGUUUUGUUAAGUCGAACCAAAGAGCAGCGUCCUUCCUUAAGUCUUGCUCUUUCCGGAAAAAUUUUGAUGUCUACAUCUCCAGCCUUGCUAUAUCUGAUGCACUUUGCGCAUUUAUAGUUCUUCCGCUUACUGGUUGUCAAUUAUUUAUGGAUGUUUUUGAACGAGGAUGGGGUUGCAAAAUCCUUCGCUACUUGGGUAUUUUCUUUCCUUCAGUUACCAUAAAUAAUCUGUUGAUUAUCAUCUUUGGAAAAUAUUUUUCAACACGUAAGAUACCUCGUACACUGAAACAUUCUACUGUUAAGAAAUUGCUUUACCUCAUCUGGUUCUCAACAUGUGUUUACGUAUUGCUCCCCGUUGCAACUUUUGAGGGGAUUAGAUAUGAUCUAAAUGACACACAUUACACUGUGGUAUGCAGGCCUAAUUAUCAGUAUGUGCCAUUUGGAGUAGUGAACCUGGCCUUUAUAGUUUUUCAAUACUUUUUGCCAAGUAUUGUGAUUUUUACUUUAACUAUAUGCUUGAUCUUAACUGUGCGGUCAAGAAUGAAAAGAGCUAUCGACAUCCAAUGUGAUAAUGCUAUCAAAAUCAUGAAGAGGGCUGAAAACAGACGAUUAACCAUGAUAUUGGUUUCUAUUAUGCUUAUGUUUAUAUUUUUAUAUGCGCUUUCUUUAGGUUACUUUAUUUUUAGAAUUCUGACAAGAUCACAAGGUCACACCAUUAGUUUUGAAAGUGAUUUUCUCAUCCGUUAUGUGGGUGCUCUGUUGGCGUUUUCCAACAGUCUUGUCAACGUGAUAAUAUAUCUUGUUCAAAUGAAGGACUUUGGGCGCUUUUUAAAAAGUAAGAUCACUUCGAAUUUU